UUUUGCUUUUACUCGAAAAACUGAUCAUAUAUUCAGGAGACAGCCGACUCCUUUUAACUCACAAGAGCCAGCCUCCUUUUUCAGUCAAGUUUACAGCGAGCAUUUCCGUAUCCAUGGCUGCUCAAAUCCGUUGGAAUUACGACGUCUUCUUAAGUUUCAGAGGUGAAGACACUCGCAAAACUUUCACCGAUCACCUCUACACUGCCUUAGUGAAUUCCGGAAUUCACACCUUCCGAGAUGAUGAUGAGCUUCCUAGAGGGGAGCGCAUCUCUACCGAACUGCUCAAAGCUAUUCAAGAAUCAAAAGUUUCUAUUGUGGUUUUUUCAAAAGGAUAUGCUUCUUCUAGUUGGUGUCUUGAUGAGCUUGUGGAGAUCGUACGCUGUAAGAAUUCUAUGGGUCAAACUCUUCUUCCCAUAUUUUAUGACGUGAACCCAUCCGAUGUGCGAAAACAAACCGGAACUUUUGCCGAAGCAUUUGCUUGGCAUGCAGACCGGUUUCAAGCGGAGAGGGUGCACAAGUGGAGAACAGCUCUUACCGAAGCUGCAAACUAUUCUGGCUGGGAUCUCCAAAACGUUGCAAACGGGUACGAAUCAAGGUUCAUCCAGAGAAUUGUUGAAGAAGUUUUGUGUAAAUUGAACAAUGGUUGCUUGGAUAUUGGCAAACAUCCAAUAAGUAUAGGUUAUCGUACUGAAAAGAUAAAAGCUUUAUUAAAUCUUGGAAAAGGUGAUGUUCACAUUGUAGGCAUCUAUGGCAUGGGUGGAAUCGGAAAAACAACCUUAGCUAAAGCUGUUUAUAACCAAAUAUAUAAUGGGUUUGAAGGAAGCAGUUGUCUUUUAAAUAUUAAAGAAAUUUCAAAACAACCCAAUGGUUUAGUUCAAUUACAAGAACAACUUAUUUCUGAAGUCUUAAAAUCCAAGAACUUGAAGAUUGCCAAUGUUGAGAGAGGAAUCAAUUUGAUUAAGGAAAGAUUUCGUUGUAAAAGAGUGCUUGUUAUUCUUGAUGAUGUGGAUCACUUGAAACAACUCAAUUCAUUAGCUGGAAUUGAUAGAGGAAGCUCUGAAUGGUUUGGUCCAGGAAGUAGAGUCAUUUUAACAACUCGAGAUGAACAUUUGCUAACUGAACUUGGAGUACAUGAAAAAUAUAAGGUUGAGGAAUUGGAUCAUGAGGAAUCUCUUCAACUUUUUAGUUGGCAUGCCUUUGGGAUGGCUCAUCCAAUACAAGAUUACAAGGAGCUCUCAAUUAGUGUAGUUAAUUAUGCGGGAGGGCUUCCAUUAGCUCUUGAAACUUUGGGUUCCUAUCUAUCCGGAAGAAGCACCAUAGAAUGGAAAAAUGCAUUGGAAAAACUACAAAUAUAUCCUCACCAUCAGAUUCAGAAAAUACUUAGAAUGAGCUUUGAUUCACUAGAUGAUGAUACUGUGAAGGACACAUUCCUUGAUAUUGCGUGUUUCUUUGUUGGUAUGGACAAAGAUUAUGCCAUCAAAAUACUUGAUGGUUGUGAUUUCUUUCCUGAAAUUGGUAUUAAUAUUCUCGUUCAAAGGUCUCUUGUCACUAUCAUUGGCAAUGGGUUGUGGAUGCAUGAUCUAAUUCGAGAUAUGGGAAGGGAGAUUGUUCGUGAAAGAUCAUCCUACGAUCUAAAAAAACGUAGUAGAUUGUGGUUUCAUGAUGAUGCCUUAUACGUGCUUAACAAACAAAUGGGUUCAGAAGCAGUGGAGGGUCUCAUUCUAAAUCCAUCUAAACUUGAAGAUGUACAUAUUAAAGCUGAAGCAUUUGCAAAGAUGAAAAAUUUAAGAUUGCUACAAAUCAAUGGUGCAAAUGUCACAAGAUGCUAUAGACAUAUUUUUGAAGGGUUAAGAUGGCUUUGUUGGCAUAGGUGUCCUUUGAAAUUUCUCCCAUCAAAUUUUCAUUUAGAGAACCUUGUUAUCCUUGACAUGCAAAAUAGUAAUGUCAAACAAGUCUGGAAGGAGAUCAAAAUACUCAGCAGGUUGAAAGUCUUUAAUCUCAAAAACUCCAAAUUUCUCACCAAGACACCAAACUUCUCACAAGUCCCAAAUCUGGAGAUAUUGAUACUUGAAAGUUGCACAAGUUUGGUUAGGCUUCAUGAGUCCAUUGGAAAUCUAGAAAGACUUGUUUUGCUGAAUUUAAAAGGAUGCCAUAACUUAGGGAAUCUUCCAAAAAGUACUUCUAACUUGAAAUCUCUUCAAAUUCUUGACUUGUCUGACUGCCCAAAAAUUGAUAUGCUACCGGAGCAAUUGGGGAAUAUGAUGGCUUUAGAGGAAUUGCAUAUAGACAGAACUGCUAUUGGACAACUCCCUGCCUCCAUUGUUCGUUUGGUGCAUCUCAAAUAUUUGUCAUUAUCCGGAUGUAAAGGACAAUCUUCAAAAUCUUGGCUAUCGUGUUUCUCAUCGUGGAUAUCUCGACAAAGCUCCAAUCCCACACAUUUGCUCCCAGCUUCCAUUUCUGGACUAUGCUCUUUGAGAAGGCUAGAUCUCUACGACUGCAAUCUGUCUGAAGAUGGGUUGCCAAUUGAUUUUGGGUGUCUGUCUUCACUCGAGUAUUUGGAUAUAGGAAGAAACAAUUUCCUUAAUCUACCUCAUUUCAUCGGCCGCCUUCCUAAAUUAACUACAUUGUGGUUGAGUGGGUGCGCGAGUCUUCAAUCAAUUUCAGAACUCCCCACAAGUUUAAGGAGUUUGACAGCAAUGGACUGCACAUCAUUAGAAACACUCCCAAAUCUGUCGAACCUGAAAAGUUCACGUGAUCUUGACUUUGCUAACUGUCAGAAAUUGGUUGAGAUUCAGGGAUUGGAGAGUUUGGAAAUUACACCAGAUAUUUACAUGGAAAAUUGCAACAAUCUAGCAUAUCAUUUUAGGAGGAGUCUUCUUUCGCAGUUAUUUUGGAAACAGCUUGACAAGUAUGAUGAGUCUCGAGUCAUUAUACUCCCUGGUAGUGAGGUUCCAAAUUGGUUCAGUCAUCAGGGAAUUGGAUGGUUUAUGUUCUUUGAGUUACCUCCACUUUCAGAGGGUGAAAUCCAGGGGCUGCUCUUUUGCGCUGUUUAUGCAGCCAAGGACGAAUCCAAUCAGGAAGAAUUCAGUGGGAGAAGCGUUGGUUUUCUUGAGUUGGAAUUCACUAAUAAAACUGGAGACAUCAAAUAUCAUUUUUGGCCAUGGCCAACAUUCUCUUUCUUCCCUAAAAUCCGUGAAGAUCAUCUCUUUGUCAGAUAUAUACCGCUAGGACAUAAUAAAUAUCUGAUGGAACGUGGAGAGAAAGUGAAGGCCUCCCUCGGAAAUGACGAACUCAUUGAAGUGAAGAAGUGUGGAAUUCAUUUUCUAUUUGAUGACUCAAAUGGGAAUGUGACUAAUGCUUCGAUUUCGCAACCAAAUGAGUAUGGAACAUCUAACAUAGAGGGGGCCAGUGAAGGGAGACAAAUGAUGCCAAGGGCCACACAAUAAGCAUCCUAAAUAGUUGCAUUUUGUAAUAUAGUGGUUAAAUUUAGUUGUAGUAGAUUUGUAAAGACCAAUAAUGUGAAUUGGUGGUAUUUUAUUGGUCUUUAUUUUGCUAUUAAAGUAUGUUGGUGGUAUUUUGAUAGAGAAUAACAAAGGAUUAUUAAGGUGCAUCUUUUUGCAUGGAUACAGAUGGUUGACUCCUAAAUACAUUCAAAAAUUCUCCUCACCCAUUGUGAGAAACUGAA